AAAGUAGGGUUAUGUGCAAAUGUUUAUCAUUGCAACCAUGUGAAAAAUGAAGUUGACUCAAUUAAAAUAAGUUAGAAACGAAGUAUCGGAAGAGUUUUUAAAAUCAGUUUACGUUAUCCCAGUAAAAAUGGUAGGAGUUCAAGGAUCAUUUGAAGUAACAAAUGUGCGUGUAUUGAAGUGUGAACUAAACUAUGUUCCAAGAGCUGACGGCUCCUCUAUUUUCUCAAAUGGUGAUUCUGUUGCUGUUGCCUCUGUCAAUGGACCGGUUGAAGGUAAACCACCUAAAUUCAAAGAGGACAGAGCAGUUGUAGACGUUACUUUGCAUCCUAAAAUAGGCUCAUCCUCCAUCAAAGAAAGAAUCAUAGAAGGUUCGAUACGCAGGACAUGUGAACACGCAGUGAAGUUGAGCUACUAUCCCCGGAAUAUUGUUUACGUCAACAUUCAAGAAAUUCAAGAUGAUGGCGGUCUGACUGCAGCAUGUAUAAAUUCAGUUUGUCUAGCGCUGGUGCACUCCGGUAUCAAAAUGAACUAUUUAUUUGCAGCUGUAAAUAUUUUGAUUAACUCUAGAAAUGAAUUUGUGAUUGAUCCAACUAGACGAGUAAUUGAAGAAGACUGUAAAGCACUGAUGACAUUUGUCCUUGAUAGCGUAGAUUUCAAUAUCAUCACAUCUGUCACGAAAGGUGUGUUCUCUGAUAAUGAUUACUUAACGGCAUCAAUUAAGUCUAAAGAUGUUUGUAAAAAGAUUUUUCAUUUUUACAAAGCCACAAUUGCAAAAUAUGCUCUAACUAUUUAAGGGAAAUUUUAUUUGUCAUUCAUCCACAGAGGUAGAUCUAACAUUGUAGCAAGUCAUACAUCAACUGGAUCAGUUUGUUAAGUUUUUUAUGUAUCUGUGCUUUCAAAAUCAUCCUGUCUCUUGUUGCUAAUCAUGAUUUUCCUUGCUCAUAAGGCCCCUCAACUGUUAAAAGUUUGAAAAGAGAUAGGAAAAAACAUUUUUAAACGAAAAGCUGUAAAAAAAAAAUUUUGCUUGUAACAUCGAAAGUGUAGCUAAGAGGCCGUCUUUCUGGUAAUUUUAUUUGAAUCUCUACAAAUUGUAUUCCAUUUGAUCAUGUGUAUUUUCACUUUUGAUUAUGAUAGAUUGCUAGAAAUCAGUCGUAUGUGGGUUACUUUCCUGUUAAUUUGAUCUUUUGAACUGCCACUGGAAAAAAAAAAAUACACUAAUAAGGGGUUGAUACAUUUUUUCUGGCUGUGUAUCAUCUCAAUGGUCGACACGCUGUCAAAAAGAAGCUUAUUAAUGAUUUGAUAUUUUGGAUUUUAUUUUUUAAAUUCUGUUUACCAACUGAUUUAUUCUUCUAUGUUUUUUAAAUAAUUUGUAUUGGUACCUAAUAAAUUAAUGCAAGCAAAUUUAUGGAA